AUGGCGGAGUCAAACUUCAGCCUCUAUACUCAGAAUACUUCUCGAAAUGGCAACUCACCUCUUAAGUUCACGAAACAGGGGUCUGGCACCGAAUAUUUCGUCUAUGCAUCUCUUCUGUGCGUCAUCAUGCUCCUUGCCUUAUUUGGCAACUUAACACUCAUUGUCCCAAUCUACUACAGGAAAAAGUUGCGCACACGCACAAACUUGUUCAUACUUAACCUGGCAUGCGCAGACUUGGGAGUUGCAUUGUUUUGCAUUCCUUUUUCGAUUAUCACGUGCUUUUCACGUGAAUGGAUAUUUGGAAUCAGCUUGUGUCAAUUGAAUGGCUUUUUAAACAUUUUGUUUGAAUGUUCGUCGCUUUUCACUCUAACGGCCAUCAGCAUUGAAAAGUACUUUUCCAUUGUGAGGCCGAUGAACCGUCACGUGAUAACAACAAGACUGGCUUGGAUGAUGGUGGCGAUGACGUGGAUAGCACCCUUGAUUCUUGCUUCGAUUCCGUUGACUGGGUUUACCGCGUUUAAAUUCAAGGCUGGUGAGUAGCAAACCAAAUAAUUCCCCUUUUGGUUCUUUGUAUUUGUGGUACCUAGAGGUAAUUAUUGAGAUUCGAUCGGUCCGGACGAAGGCAUUUUCUGGAAAGGCAAUGAAAUUUUGUAAACGUAUCUGGGACUCGUUUUUUAAAAGUCCCGGUACCUUUGCGGGCCUCGAAAAUCAAAUAUCUAUCAAAAUCUAAGGAAUAAAAGCGAGGGUCCUAGCUAACAAUCCAGUUUAUCUUGUUUUGUUAACUGUAAAACUAUUGAAACUUCGAACUUAAGUAAACAGAAACAGCUUUCGGAGCCCAUUGAUUAUCGGGACUCUAGAAAAACAGGUCCCAUCCAGGACAGAUAAAUUUUUUUUGUGUUUGACAAAGAAUGGAAUGCUUUGCAACUGGUCUGAGGAUGACUGUCUUCCAGUAGUCCUGACCCGCAGGUUCUGGUAAACGGACCAUUUCGAACUAUAUUAUCACUUAAAAACGAAGAGUGUAGCCUACGAACGCAGACGUGUUUGUGCACUUUCUGGUUGUCCCUUGUAUACAUUCACUUUAUUGCAAUAACAGGGUUAUUUCUUGCGCGCUUAUCGGUCAAGAGCUGUUGGACUAUUAGAGUUUAUAAGUACUAACUGCGUGAAAAGUGAUUGGGGCCAUGACGUAUUACAGUACAGGCACAUGGAUGGCAUCUAAAAUUAUAAAUUAACGCUGAAAUGUCGCGCCAGAAUUAAGGAGUAAUUUGUGCAAACCCACGAUAUUAGUUUGUUUAACUUGCUCUGUCUUUCUAGGUUCAACGCAAUGUGGUGUCCAGGUCCCCAGCAAUCUUGGUCAAAUAGUAUUUGCUUUUGUGGCGCUUCUUGUCGCUUACCUCAUACCGCUAUGUAUCAUGGGAUUCUGUUACGUAAAUAUCUUCAGUGCCGCCAGAAAACUCGACAUUCGCUUAUCUCGGAUGUCCCUUACAAGUGCUGACAGCGGCAGAGGACUUUCCUCUCAAAAACAAGUCGCACUCACGAUUUUCAUGAUGUUUAUUACUUUUAUCGUAUGCUGGACUCCUUACUUUGCCUACAUGACCUAUAUGACAGCGCUCCAAAUCGAGACGACCGUAGAUGCAUCCAUUCAGAACUUUGGACUAGCCUCGUAUUGGUGCGCGUUUUUGAAUAGUUGUAUAAAUCCCUUCUUGUAUGGAUUAAGAAAUCCUCUCAUUAGACAAGAGCUAAAUGCUAAGAGUUGCCAAAGGUUCCAAAAUUGCACUCCUUGGUACAAAGCGACGCAAAGAGCAUCAACUAAUCAUAACUAUACACAGUAUUGCAAGACUUGUUUGAAGCACGUUCACGGGGCUUCCUAUGUGGCGUAUAGAAACUCUGUAGCACUAGCUGAAGAAAAUAAAUUAAACCCAGACGCUGGAAUUUCCAUAGUAACCAGUGAAGAAUUCCAAAUGGGAUAUCCCGAGUUACAACUCUUAUCAAUCCAAGAUUUGCGCAAAGAUUUUGCCCGCAAACAGCCUUGUGGGGGAAACCAAACAAUGCCAAGAGAUUUGACAGAGCUACCCACUCUAUUCCAAGACACCAACUUGGACCACACUUGGAAUAGGUCCUGUUCAACACAUUCAAGUUCCGAAACUGCUCACGUACAUGUGAUGGAUAGACGUAACGAGGUCACGUGUUCAAACGAUGACUUUUCAGAGGACAUUUUGUGUAGCGAUGAGGAGUCUACUGCGUCUGUUAAUUCCACGAGCAGAUGGAGUUGUGAAGAUGGAAGUUACUUCAGCAGUUGUUCCUCUGAUUCUUCCGGAGAAAUCUAA